AUGUCGACCCUAACGUCCUAUCUUGCCCAAUUCCAAAACCUCGACACCAUCCUCCGCGUAACAGCCCUCUUCGGAACCGCCGCUCUCUUCGGCUCCACAACCCUAACCUCCUCCGUCCUCAUCCCCUCUCUAACCACUUCUCAUCCCGGCCAUCAACCCAAUGGCCACAACAACCUCACCCUCUUCUCCACCAUCGCUUCCCACGCAAACUCCAUCAUGCCCCUCCUCGCAGGCAUCACGACAGCAGCAUUCACCGUCCUAACCUACCGUACCCGCAAAAUCUCCGAUGGGGUUGCGUUGGGAUGUAUCGUGGGAGCGGCGGGUGUGGGCGCCGUUCUCCUUCAUCCGAAAUUGGAAGCGGUGAAGAGGGUUGUGGAGGGUGGACAUGGUGAGACGAUUACUACCUCCGACGCGAAUAAACACCUCGGCGCCAUCGCCAAGGUGAACCAUAUCCGCGUCGGUCUUUUAGGAGCCGCACUCUUCGUUGCGGCAUACGAUGCGGUGAAGGAUGCCCUCCCCGCGGUUCUCGAUACAAGUAAGUUGGCGAGAUUAGAGAAUAGGGUGUUUGAUUCGAGUGGGAAGCCGAUUGUGCGUGGGUAUCCCACGAAGCAAUACCUUUCGUAGGUAUUGAGGAAGUGCGGGGUGUACGAUAGUGAAGCGUGAU